AUGUCGAUGUCCGACCUCGUCUCCGGUGGGGCGGGCUGCGGCCCAUCCAAUCCGCUCCAAAACAUCGGCAAGCGUUUCGGUCAGGAUCGCGGUGCACAGCAAGAUACCUUCAGUUCCAGUCCCUACGCUCAACAGCAAGGACCUUCUUUCCGAUCACAGCCCAACACUGCUGCCUCGUCGUCGCAUCAGCAGCCCGCUUUCUUCAAUGCUCCGUCUCAGCAAGCACCGUUCGCCCAGCAGAGCAAUCUUCACGAUGCGUUCGAUGUCUCGCAGUUGCGAGGCAAUCUGCCCAGCGGUUCUCGAACGCCAAUGCAGAGCCAUCACCUUCGUCAAGCUCCAGGUCCGAGCAUGCCGGACUUUGAAGCAAGCUUCCGUCCCGCUUUCUCCAGGAAUGCCACCAUCCAAGCGGCUCCCCGUGCCGCUCCAUCGGGCUGGGCUACCGACUUUCUCAGCGCAGAAGCCUCGCAGCAGUCCAAUGUCCAGGCGCAGCGUCCGCAACAAAUGCACGUCGAACCGCAUUCCGCGCAUGCUAUUCAUCCCAACGUCAUCCCCUCAGGCCUGCGCAUGGGCAUGAUGCCGCAUACCCCUGGCAACAUGCAUUUUUCGCCAGCUCCCAUGUACGAUCACGCUCCGCAACAGCUGCAGCAACAUGCACAGUCCAUGCAGUCCACAGCAGCACCGCAACUCGACAACGCAAAGUGGGCCGAGGCCUUCACCGCAUUCGAGUCAUCCUCCAAGCCAGCAGAAGUCAUCUCUCAGGCUGUCCCCGAGCUCAAAGCAGCGGAGAAGGCCGACUUUGCCGACCCGCAAGAACGCGACGAGCUCGCUAGAACUGCAGGCAGACUUGUUUCCUCCGUCGAGCACGACCAGAGCUCCAAGUUCCAACAGAGCAACUUUCUCGACCUCAUGCGCAAGAUUCGGGAUAAGCAGGCCGGCAUCCAAGGCGACAACAUUGUCGAAAACGCCGACAUGGCAGCAUCUUUGCUUGACAACGGCAAAGGCAAAGCGCGCGACUUCGGCUCAAUGCAAGGCUCGCUGCAGCAGUCGCAACCUCAGUCGCAGCAAGAGGCCUAUUCCUGGGCAAAUCAGAUGGCAGCCAGCGGCGGACUCUCGCAUCUGCCACCCAGCGUGCAAAAGUCGCUAGCCACCAAUCACGGACUCCAAUCCGACGUUCCCGCCAACGUCAGAACACAACAGGAGCUACAGAAUCAACAGGCCAUCAACGACCUGUGGGCGGAAGAAGAUGCUCGCAGCGAGGCCAUCGAGAGGCAGGCCAUGAACGAGAGCGCGCAAGCCUUCAUCGGCGAUGGUGGCAACGUCUCGCAGAGAAUGCAGGAGGACGAUGCAGAUGCACAAGAGUUCGAACGAUACCAACGACUCGGUGCCAACAUCCCACACGCCAGUACCUUCAACCGGCGAUGGGAAGAAGAUAUGAACCGUCCUGCCGACCAGAUGGAGGACGACGAGCUCGACUUUGUCGGUCGACGAUGGGAGGGCACCAAGGGUCGAGGCCUUCCAGGUGCGCAGGCGGCUGAAUGGGACAAGCUGCAGAGCGACUGGGACAAUUUCGAGGUGACAUCCGCGGGCAUCCGACCCGUCACUCUUCCACAGCGUUCGGCCACCACCUCUAUGCAGGCAGCCCCGACCUACCGCUUCCUCAGCGACAACCCGUACAUGGCGUCGACCCGCAAUCAUGCUCUCCACGCAGGCGGUCUGGCCGCUGGUCUCGAGUCGGUGCUCGAGAAGGAGGCAGCCGUGCAGCAGGACCCGCAAGACGCUUCCGCCUGGUACGAUCUCGGUGUCAAGCAGCAGGAGAACGAGCGAGAGGUGCAAGCCAUUGCAGCGCUGCGCAAAGCACUCGACCUCGACCCCAACCUCAAGGACGCCUGGCUGGCGUUGGCCGUCAGCUACACCAACGAGAACGACCGAACCGCCGCCUACGAAGCCAUCGAGAUGUGGAUCGAGAGGAACGACAAGUACCACGACGUCAUCCAGCGCACCAAUGCCGAGCUCGCCGCUGCUAAUGCCUCGUCCACCCAGCGCAACCGCAGCGACAGCGCCUCGUCCCACAGCACCUCGGCCUCGGUCAUCGAGAAGCACUCUCGUCUUACCAACCUCUUGAUCGCCAUGGUGCGCAACGGUGGCGAAAGGGGCGAGAUCGACGCCGACGUCCAGGUGGCCCUCGGAGUCAUCUUCAAUUCGAGCGAAGACUACGACAAGGCGGUCGACUGCUUCUCCACCGCGCUCUCGGUGCGACCUCAGGACUGGCUGUUGUACAACCGUCUCGGCGCCACACUCUCCAACUCGGGCCGCAGCGCCGAAGCGAUUCAGUACUACCACCACGCGCUCAACCUGCAGCCCGAGUUUGUGCGCUGCCACUUUAACCUGUCCAUCUCGUGCCUCAAUCUCAAGAUGUAUCAGGACGCAGCUGAGCACAUGUACACCGCACUGACGCUCCAGCAGGCCGAGGCGGAGCAGCUCGGCAUGGUCAACGGCGGCAACGGCGGCGAGAAGGGUAGCGCUACUAGUGGUAGCCUGUGGGAGACUUUCAGGGUCGCUCUGGAGUUGCUGAACAGGUCGGAUCUUGCGGCCAAGUGCAGCAGGAGAGAUAUCAAUGCGUUUGAUCUCAGCGACUUUGUUGCGCCCGCUCCUGCUGGUCCUAUUGGCGCUGGCGAGGUUGGUUACGAAUACUGA